UGUUGGUUGCAGCUUAAUCAGGAAAUCAUGCCAGCUCUGGGACUCAGCUCCUGCUCCUGCAGGUCACAACGGUUCUUCUGAACAGAGCACACCAUCCGUGGCUGUUUCCAAAGGUGUAAAGCUGUCAAACUCCAAGCUCCUCAGGCGCAAAAUAUGGUAUAUUUUUAAGAGCGGUGCUGCUGUCUUAGUGCACUCUUCUUGGGGAGUUUAAUAGAACCUGGUACAGUCUAUGCUGUUUGGUUUUCUCAGUACAAAGAGAUCCUUCCUCCAUGCUACCAUUUGUGGUACAACCUUACAGCCAUUUGUCCUAUGCAGAAGUCACACUUUUACUUAAUUUCUAACCCUGGCACUCCCACUUCCAUUUAACCAUCUAUAAUCCAAAAAUCCUGUCUCCAAUCUAACAUCAUGUGUUUGAGACUGUUGAAACAUGGUUAAGGAGAUUUAGACGCACAGCUGUGUGACUAAAUCCGCUGGAUAGGUUUGAUAAUCAGCCCUUAUGCAUAGCUCCAAGUUAUUUUGAAUAGAGGACUGCUGAAAAUAACCAGAAAAAAAAAAUAAAUAAAUUGUAAGUGACCUCUUUUCCCACGCCUCCAGAUUGGGACACUCUGUGGGUAAACAUCUAUGAAUGAAAGCUGUUCUAAAUUAAAUAAAUCACUGGCUGUGGUGGGUAUAAUAUGAGGCUGGCAAUAAAAGCUAUUUAAAAUCCCAUCAAGAUGUUGAAGUCCUAAUCCAGAACGCGGUGGGACUGGCAUGCACUGCUGCCAGCACACCUGGCCCACAGACCACCGUACCCUGACGUGGCUCGUUUCUGCCUACCUGGACUUGCCGUUCAGUUACCCAGGGCAGACAGCCAGCUCCUCGCUCAAGCGACACUUUGGGAGGCAGUGGGAUAAAAUUAAAUCACUGUUGGGACACGGAGAGAGAGCGUAGUGAGGGCAUGACUACCACAGCUGGACAACAUCCAGCUCCAGCCUGCGGGGCCUCCAGAAGGGUUACGAAGUUGGGCGUUUUUGAAGGACCCAGAAAAACUGUUGGGUUCAGCAGGGAAGCUGUGCUGGAUCUGCAAAAGCAGAGGGCUCCUGCGGAGAUGUUUGCAACUGGCUGCUGUAGUAUACAGCCAGCCCAGUUGUCAUAGGGCCUUAGCUGAAAAUUAAAAGGCAUAUUUGAAGCCAGUUGUGCUGAAUACUUUAACUUGAUUAUUUGAAGCAUUUGUAAUAAUUGUAUUGUAACCCUCAUUUUCAUUGAUGUGGUUGUUUUUGCAAAUUGUUAACAAUUACAGGUCACCUUUGCGAUGGAAGCAUCUUAGUAUUUGUUGUAAAAGCUUUUUAAGAAUAAUUCAUGUCUUGUUUACUCUGUCACCAGAUCUUUUCAUGUGCUAAUGCACUGGGAAUGUCAAGCUGUGCUGAUAAUAGCAGAGUUUUCCUUCUACUCAUUUUUAUUCCCAUGCAAAUAUAAUUAAGGCAAGAAGUGUCUUAGGGGUGCCUGAUCACUCGCAUUAAAUUAACUCCCUUUUUGCCUCCUAAAGCAAACACACCCAGAACUGGAAGGUCUCUGGGAAAGAGCUAUGGCUCUUGUCUGUUAGGGCAGCACCCUUGCACCCUUGGCCUCUGAGCCCACACCCAUGCUGGCCAUAAGCAGUCAAUCGUCGAGGGUGAUUCACCAGGUACUAAAUAUGUGUCUCAUCUUCAGCACAGGAACAGCCCCAGCAAUUGCCUCUGGGAGUAUUGCCAUAUUUCAUGUUUGGUCUGUGCUUAAAACGUUCUGAAUUUAGGUUUAUAUUGCAGCAAAACUCCAACAAACAGAGUUUUAGGAAAAACUGGGUUUGGGGGAUUUGGGAGUGACUCUUCCAAAAUUUGGGGGAAAAUGGAAAUCUUUCCCCUAGCUGCCAAGAGCUUUGUAUUAGACCUGUGAAAGAAGGUGUGGAGUGACAUCAAGAGGACAUGUGUCUGCGUGUCUGUGAACUGGAGCCAGUGUGACAACAAAGCUUACAUGUAGCUCAGGGAAGAGAACAUGAGGACACACAGAAGACAUCCGGGAUACAGGGGAGGACAGUCUUUCAACAGUACUGUAUGUUAAGAGUAAAUUUUGCAAUUUGCUAAUCAUUCUUUAAAGCGCCACAAGGAACUAGCAGUAUUUGGUGAGGCUCUGACUGGGCCUGAGGCACCCAAAGGAUAACUUCAUCCAUCUGCUGAAGGCUUCUGUGUAUCAGAGACCAGUCACUCUGGUAAAGGGUGACUUGAUCCCAGACUACGUAACAAGCAAUCAUUUGAGUUACUCUCACCAUACAGAUGGAGUAAAUCAGGCAGUGACCCAGGUGUGCUGGUGACCCCUGCAAAACAGACUGUUUUUAGUAAGUACCCAAGAGUGGUUUCAGUUACCCGAUAGUAACAGUUCCUUGAGGAGCCUACAGUGACUUGGCCAAACCUCUCCAUCACUACAUCAUAUAAUUUGAUACAUAUAAUUUUACCUUGUGUAAUCCAUCAGAGUUUGUCUGUCUCAACUAAAAAUGACGUUGUACGUGAAUAUAUGAAACUCUAAUGCUGUCCCAUUUUCUAGUUCCACUCUUCCCAGAAAUUAAAUGUGUUCAGUAGAAGACUGGGAAUAUAUAAGUGAAAGGAAUCAGCUCUCUGCCCUUUUAGACUGACAAAAAAAUUAUAGCAGACUACAGCUAAAAAGUAUUCAUAACUUGUGAGUCACAGAAGACCCUGUGGUGAACACAAUUAGAAAAAGAGCAUUAAUGGUAUAUUGUCUAUGUGUGUUGGAACUGCAGGCAGACACUGAAGUGUCAGUAACUUGAAGCAAGAGUGGCUGCUGUUGCUCAGGUUUUUUUUUCAGAUUACUCCAACAUCCUGUGCAAAAUAAUUUCAACAGCUUCCAGCUUUGAGGAAAUAUGUAGGCAAAAUUUACUGCUAUAAACAUAUAUGCAAGUGGAGGAGAGAGUAAUACUCUAUGCUAAUCACUGUCAGCGUACUGUUGAAUUGUCACUGUUGCUGGAUGAAAUACAGUGUCUGAAAAAAAAAUAUUGUUUUUCUGUUAUUGUUUACAUGGGGUUUUUUUACACUAGUUUUGCCAUCUUAGCAGAAUAUCAGAUACGGUUGUCUUGCAUUGCUUUCAGCAGAGAUAUGGACUGGAAUACCAGUCAAUAGAAUAAUGCCACACAGAAGUGCAGGGACAAAGACAUGAAAAGCCGAAGCCAUAGUAAGAUCGGUAGUAUAGCAGCAUCAUUAACCUUUUUUUUUUUUUUUUCUGCACUAAAUUUUCCACAGACAAGAGCAUUAGUAAUUUUAACUUUGAUUGAGAACCGCUAUUAUCCACUCACAGCAUGUGGGAGCAAACAGGCACUUGGAUAAAUCACAAAAAAGAAAACCACUUAGCAUGCUGCUUUCCCCAAUAACACCUUUUUCUGAAGCUACAAGGCUGAGUGCUGUAGGGAGAGUGUGUGUGAAGAGAAAAGCAAGGCUGCAACAGCCCACUGAAGCAUGCUCAAGGUCAGACGCUCUCACAGAAGACCAAGAGGUCACGUUUGACUUAGAAGGAAUCACGAAGAUCGGUUUCAUGAGCGACAUAACUGGAGCCAUUAGCAAGCUCAUCCAAGAGUAAUCAUCCAUCAAAGGCACUUGUCCCGGGGUUGUGACUGCCACCCUUCAGCCAUGGAUGAAGCCAGCAGUGACUCCACCAGCGUGAGUGUGCGGGAGGUCACCUCCUGCACUACCAGCGCCGCUCCAGCAGAUCGCUGGGUGAGAAGCAAAUCAAACUGAUUUGAAACAUGGAGUACCUCUCACGUGGUCAUUGAGAGGAAAACUUGCUGGACAGUCUCCACGAAACCUCAACACUGUUUUGGAUUGGUAUUGCCUUCUGAGUGCACCAGCAGUGCCAACACGGCAAAAGAGAACUAGGAGUAAGGGCUACAGCUGCUCCUCCAACAUUGCUGGGACAGCCUCCAUAAUAAAUUUCCGGCUCCUACUAACUCCUACUGGAUGUAUCUUGUAUGCCAAGGCCUGAACUGGAGCAGGUUUGGCACUUCAUCUGUGCUGUGUGGAAUCCAGCAAUAAAUUAUUCUGGUAUGAAGGUCUAAUACUGUUAAUAGAGCAUAUAAAACUGUCUACUGUGUUUCAUCAUAUUUAAUUCCUGCAGCAACCUGCAGCCAUCCAAGCUGUUUCAGCCUCCCUUUUACAGCCCUCUGAUGCCCUGAGAGAUGCUCUCCCAGCUGAGGACCCCCUGUGUCACCAGCGCCUCUGCGUCAACAGAGCAGUGUGAUGCCUCCAGAGCAUUCAGCUGCUUCUCGCCCUCCAGCGUGGUCCCAAGUGAAGCAGCUCCCUCACCACCGUGGGGAGAGCCAUGAGGCACCCCGGGGCCUGGCCAUCCCCACAAAGAGCGGACAGGCAGGAGGGCAAUGCCAGCCUCUGGCUGCCCACAGCUGCGACCUCUUCUGGGGCACGAGCUUUGGGAGUGCUCGAGCUGCGCAGCAGAGUGAAGAUAUUGAUGGGCUGCUGACAGAACCAUGGCUAUUUGGGAGGCACCUUCCCUCUCCCACCGGUUUUCUCUUGGACUCCUAACUGGGAAGGGAAUCCUCCAGAGUAUCCUUGUGAUGCAGAGAGCAGGUGGAACUCAGAAAGGAUUUCCCUGAGGCUACAUCCAUGUGAAAGGCCAUCUAGGGAGAGAACCUCAGCAAUUCAGUUCCUAGUGAAUUAAAGAUGCCUAAAGACAGCGCUCAGAAGAGAAUAUGGGGACCACGCAGGAUGGGAAGAAAUUCCAGGAAAACAAUGAACAGGAGGAAACCUGGAAGCUUUUUGCUGCUCUGUUGAAUAUGGGAUUAUAAAAUAAUAAUUGCAUCUGGAGCAUCUCUAUCCCGCUUUCAAAUGGGUGACUUCUGAACCUGGAACUCUUUGUUACCUGAAACAGCAACUUCUUUCAUUGUGCGUCCUGGAGGGGAAAAUGAAUUUCACAAAUUGCACCACUGAAGCCAACGUGGCUGCAAAGCCAAAAACAGUAACUGAAAAGAUGCUCGUUACCCUGACCUUGGCCACAAUCACAACCCUGACUAUGCUGCUGAAUUCUGCUGUAAUUGCGGCAAUCUCCACAACCAAGAAGCUCCACCAGCCAGCAAAUUAUUUAAUAUGUUCACUAGCUGUGACAGAUCUCCUUGUUGCUGUUCUCGUCAUGCCCUUGAGCAUCACUUACAUAAUGAUAGAUAAAUGGACUUUGGGAUACUUCAUCUGUGAGAUCUGGCUUAGUGUCGACAUGACCUGUUGCACAUGUUCAAUCCUUCAUCUGUGUGUCAUCGCUCUGGACAGGUACUGGGCAAUCACAGACGCUAUUGAAUAUGCCAGGAAAAGAACGGCGAAAAGGGCUGGGCUGAUGAUAGUCACUGUGUGGACUAUCUCCAUUUUCAUAUCGAUGCCCCCUUUGUUUUGGAGAAAUCACCACAGCGUCAAUAUUGCCAGUGAGUGUCGCAUUCAGCACGAUCAUGUCAUCUACACUAUUUAUUCCACAUUUGGAGCAUUUUACAUUCCCUUGACUUUAAUCCUGAUCCUGUACUACAGAAUUUACCAUGCUGCAAAGAGCCUUUAUCAAAAGCGGGGUUCGAGUCGCCACCUCAGCAACCGGAGCACUGACAGCCAAAACUCCUUUGCCAGCUGCAAGCUCACACAAACAUUCUGUGUCUCGGACUUCUCCACGUCCGACCCAACCACGGAGUUUGAUAAAAUCAAUGUGUCUGUGAGGAUCCCUCCUUUUGAGAAUGACCUGGACCUGGCUGGUGACCGGCAGCAGAUCUCCACCACGCGGGAACGAAAAGCUGCUCGCAUUCUGGGGCUGAUUUUAGGUGCUUUCAUUUUGUCCUGGUUGCCCUUUUUCAUCAAGGAGUUGCUUGUGGGCCUCCACGUUUGCACUGUCUCUCCAGAAGUAGCGGACUUCUUGACCUGGCUCGGAUAUGUCAACUCCCUUAUCAACCCUUUGCUGUACACUAGCUUUAACGAAGAUUUCAAGCUGGCCUUUAGAAAGCUCAUCAGGUGUCGAGAACAUACUUAAAAAUACUGGGAGAUGAUGAUGAUGAUGAUGAUGAUGACGUGACUCUUGGCCUUAAGAAUGAGCAAAAUAAUUUGACUCUGUCACCAUUUCCCUUGAUAAAGGGAAUUUUUGUGUUUGCCUAUGUGCUUGACUUAUCUUUAGCCUGUAAUUUGUUCUGCCAUUUUUUACCUCUGGUAUUAUUCAUGGUAAAGACUUUGAAAUAAAUUUAUUCUACAAAGGAACAGAUUUUUUAGCAAUUAAACAACAAAAAAAGAAACUAUUAGAUACUCACAUUUAAGACGUUUUGUGUAAUCAACAAUUCAAGAACCGUACGAUGAUACUCACUUUUAUACUUUUUUCAUUUAAGAAUCAAAAGUCUAAAUUAUCAUGCACUGUAAUAAUAUAAAGUCUUAUAAACCAAACCCCAUAAAUACAUAUUCAAAAAUUAAUAAACACUUCAUGGUCAUGACAGCUAAACAGCAAAUCUUUCCUGUGCCAUUCUGAGAAAAUUGUAACAGCCAUUUAUAAGGAAAAUAACCACCAUUUCCAGCUUGGGCUAAGGCAGAAUAAACCAUUCCUUUCUUCAGGAAUACACUCCCCAAACAUUCCAAUUCAUUCCAUCUAAAAAUGGAUCCCAUUUUGUACUACAGAGUGGCUGGUUUUGGGUAAGAUUCCAAAGUAUUGGGCAGACACCUGUGCAGUUUAUCUGGCAAUUGAGAGGACACAGUUAACAAGAGUCACACUUGCAAGACUAGCUGCACAUCUGACUGGUCACAUUUUUAAUACCACUAACCAUAUUUCUUCAGGGCUCAGGCCUCGUGCCUUGAUCAGUUCUGGGGUGGCAUUAUUCACUUGUGCCACACUUCACUUGGACCUUGCGGUGCACAACCCCAUGGAUCAAUCGAUCUUACCCUGUAGACAUAAACAAAUGGAUACCUUCUCAGCAGGCCAACAAUAUACAGAAAUUCAGAAACAUCAUCUAAAACCAAACUGGUUUCUGUUUGAACAGCAUAAAAAGAAAAAAACCAGGGAAAAUAUUUUUUUAAAAAUAACAGCCUGCAUGUCUGCCUUAUCGUCAUCUUACAAUUGGCAGUGUCAUUCUUGUCAGCUUAACCUAUGAUCGGGUCCUCUAACACGAUUUCUUGUUCUAGCAGUCCUUCAUGGAGUUACUUCCCCUGUCUUGAGAGGCAGGUAGAGAGUCCUCUGUGUCUUGUCUUCUGUGCUUAUGAAAGUUAAAAUGUGAAAAUCAGGCUGGGAAGGGGCAAAAUCAAAGUUGAGAAUCUGGUAUUGUCCAUUGGCAACUCCUAAGCACCAUUUAAAUAUUGAUUACUUACCUUGCACCAUAAUUUUCUUCCCUGUCCAUUUUUUGUGGGCAAAUUCUUUUUGAAUUAUACUGAUAUACCAUAUAGAAAAUACCACAUACAUCAACCUGGCAUGCAAUAACAGUAAACUAUAGCAUGGCAGCUCCUAAUCCAUCAAAACAAAUAUUAUAGGUAGCAAAAAUGUUGUAACAGCACUGGAAGCAAUCUCUGAAAAAUGUUUUGAAAAUUUACAAGAUGACAAUCAUUUUUCUUAUCAAGAGUCAAGGAAGUGUAAGUAACAUGCGAGUAAUAAACUCCAGAUGGAACUGAGAAAUUACAUCCUUAUUUCUGAGAGAAAGCGUUCAGCUGGAAAGAUACAGUGCUGCAAGUUGAGUGUAAAUCAAGUCUGAAGGUGACAAAAGUGUGACCUACCACUUACCCGCAUGCAGUGGGAUUCUGCUUUAAGGACUCCAAGUUUUCCAUGCCUGAGUUUAGGAGGUUUAUCUCCAGCUGCCCUUCUGAAGCAAUUGUCACAGCUGCCUCCUCCAGCUGCCUUUAGGUUCCCUACUAGCUAACAUUAAUAUCUAAACAGAGGGAAAAAAUAAUCUCAGUCACUGAAAAUGUCUUCUAGUGGGGAAGCCCAGAGAUCCAUUAUAGUUUUUCCUUUUUGCAGCUUGUUGGAGGUGGAAACUGUUGAUUAAAUCUGGCCUGACCCUGCCUAUCUAUAAAACUUCCAAAGCAGCUCCUCAGGGUACAUAUGCUAUUAGAAAAAAAAAUAGCUGGGAAUUAAAAUAAAGAGUAGUAUUUGUAAGAACUGCUGCAGAAUAAUUUUAGUUUUUUCCUUCAGCAAGCUCAAUAGAAAUGAUUAAUAAAGAACAAGGAUUGUGCAUGAUUUCCCCAAACAAGGUGACUACUGCAGGGAAGACAGGACGCACAGGCAGUUGUUGCUAGAAGACAGCAGGUUUGGGUGUUCCUUGAGCAGUUUGGGCACAAGGGUCCCAAGCUACUGUAGUGAUCAGAAAGGGAAAAGUAAAUGUGCAAGUCUGCCCCAGCAGACAGUUUGAGUCACCCUGAGGCACUCGGCUUAGAUGAGGCAGAUGCCGUGCCCCAGCCAGCUGCUUUGGAGCUGUCUCUAGGGCUCGGGUUCAGCCAUGGGGUGAGCUGCUCGGGGGUCUUUGCUAGGUGAAAGGAAGAGAUGGGAGUGACAGUGCUAGUGAAAGGUGUUUGAGUGGGGAAAACCAACAAAAUGAGAUAGGCUGCCAGCUCUGACCGCUGCUCCUAAGGGCAUAUUGGCAUGCAGAAUAAUUUAGCUUGGAAGGGAUCUCUGGAGGCUAACUAGUCCAAUCCCCACUAACAACAACCCUCAAAUUGGGACCAAGCCCACAGCUAGACACUGCUGCUGGCAUGGGUGUGCAGUCACCUUUCUCGUGAAAAAGCAACGUCUCAGUUAACUCUGUCACCUACACUGAUGUUCAUUUAAAGCCAGAAGUAUGGCUGAAGGACCAGAAAUGGUGAACAGGAUCUCCACAACAGCUGUUGUAGGUAGGCAGAAAUGUUUCAGAGGCAGGUAUGAAAGCUGUAAAAUACAGAAGCUGCAUCAUCUUGAUUUCUACUAAUAUCUUUCUUUUAGUAUAUGAUUUCCACUAUUACUACUCAAACUACCAAUCGGGUUGAAGAUUCUAUUCAAUUUUAAUAUUUAGAGGUAAUUAACAGGAAAAAACAGAUGGAUAGCUAAUUUUUCUUCUUACUUGUUAAAUAAAGAUUCACCAUUCACUGCCAGCUGACUACUGCUUUUCUAAUUAAGUCAUUAGCUAAACACAGAACUAUGUUUUCCAACAAAUGCCACUAGACUGAUGAAGUUGUCCUGUACAUUUUCGCCAUGCUCAAAGUCAGGAACAAUUUAAAGGAUUGGUUAAUUAAAGCAAUUUAACUUUAUCAGAAAUUAUCUGUCAUCUCAUGGAAAUAAAAGCUUUUGCUAGUCUGGCACCAUUGUUUGCCAACUUAUUUUUAUUUUUUCUGUGUUGAGUAUUUCCUGAUUUUACAAAGGCUUUGGAAACAUUUCCUGAACUUUGACUUCUUGUCCAUGGCAACUCCCCAUUCAUACCUACCCUGGAUCAGGCCCAGCCACACCAUGCUCUGCAAUGCAAACUCUUUCUAGCAAGCUCUUUAUGAUGUAUCCAAGACCUUCAGCUUACAUCCAUCUUCCUUAGCUUCUCCAAAAUAUCUUUCAUCCUCAGAGUCUUAUUUUCCCUAAUGCUCCCCUUGCAUAGUUGUUUACCUACAUUUCUUCCAAUAUUUCUCAAAAGUUUUUCCUCCCUUCUCUACAGCAGGGUUCGUACAGACCUGUCUAUUCAACCCUUCUCAUCACUUCUAUGUAUUUUCUCUGAGUGCUAUUCCCUUCUAUCUUUACACCCACAACUCACCAUCCUGCCUUUGGGUUUCUGACUCUCCAAUCCCUAAACUUAUCGUGGUCCUACUGGAAUGAGCCCCUGUUCUCUCCCCUCAUUUCAGCGCUGUUAUCAGGGUUCCCAUGACUGUGGGUGUCCAAGUCUGUCAGGUUUUACUCUGUCUUACAUGUGUCCAGCCCAUAUCCAAAAUUUUUUCACUCUGGGGAAGCAGACGGUGCUUUGGCGUGAGUUCAUACAUGCCUAGCCCUGAAGACUGCACGCAACAACCAGUGAGCCUUCCUGAAAGAAUCACUCUUCAAAUGCCAGUUCACCUAUUUUUAUCUUGUCACUCUCUGUACCCUAUUUUUGUUGUUCCCUUUCUACUACAUUAAAAUUAACCCUCAUUAACAUUUUAGGGACCUGUACCUGCAUGGCUAAAUCCGGUUGCACUCAGCUCCUGCUCCUCUGUCUGUGCCAACCUCAGCUCUCUUCUGUGUCUUUACCACCUCCAUGCAGUAAAACACCCCUCCCGUUCCUUGUAGCUGAUGUGUUCCUCAUUCUCAAACCCAAUUCUGAUGUGACUCCUGAAAGAAAAACAGUCAACAUGGGCAGUGGAGGAAUUAUUGUGCACGUAUCGUCUGUUCUUUUUCUCCGUCUUUCCCACAUAGAUCACAUCAUCUCCCAAGGUGAGCUAUAUUCCUGAAGUGCAUAGCACAUCCUAUACACAGCAAAAACACAUCAAGGGCUGCAUAUGUCCUGAGCCACUGAGAUCUGGCUCAUCCAUACCCCUUUGGAGCUGGGGGUUCCCCACCACAAUGACGUACUAAGCUGUUUGCAGCAUAUGAGAUCAAUUUUGCUGAUCUUCCUGAAUGGAGAUAGAUGAUGGGAUUGAACUUUCCGAAAGGUUUUAAAACAAAGGCUGUGUUUCAUCAAAUUUAUGUAAAAGGCUGUCAGCAUUCAGACUUCUCUGCUAUGUACCUGAGCUGUCCAGUUUUCCAUAGCUGUCACUUCUUAUUUCCCUGUAUUAUCAGCAGACUCUGUCCUUUAUAUGUAGCAGGAGGGAACAAAAAAAGAUGUCUUUAUUUGGGACAAGACGCUAAAAGAAUAAAAGAAUCUUUUCUAACCACUCUAUUUUCACUCUUUUGUUUUCAACCCCAGUUAUCAAAAAGUGAAGUGCAUUGCUGUGUGGAGGGGAAGUUCAGGCUUCUACCACAAGUGUGGAGAUUGUCCUUGUGCCUGCAUAUUAUUUAACCAUUGCAAAUAUCAGUAACAGACAGGCUGGUUUAUGUUCAUCUUUCACACACUCAAAUGAUUUGUAUGAAGAUUUUAAAUUGCUUUAUUGUUUAAGUGGACACAGUAAAUAAUGUGGUAUCUUUUAUUGGACUAGCCAAUGUAUUACAAGUUGUAUUUUGUAAGAGUCCCAUAUGACACAUAUUCCCUUUGUAAUUGCUAUCUGUUUUGGGGCCAAAAAGAAUAAAAUUUUUAAAAAUUA